AUGCAGAUUUGAGAAGCCAUUUCUUCACAGUUGGGAUGAAGCUAGAGACCGUGAACAUGAGUCACAUUUGCCCUGCAUCCGUGACCAAGGUUUAUAACAAUCAUUUUUUUCAAGUGACUAUUGAUGACCUCAGACCAGAGCCUAGUAAACUCUCGAUGUUAUGCCAUGCGGACUCUUUGGGGAUUUUACCAGUACAGUGGUGCCUUAAAAAUGGAGUCAAUCUCACCCCUCCCAAAGGUUACUCUGGCCAGGACUUCGACUGGGCGGACUAUCACAAACAGCAUGGGACAGAGGAGGCACCUCCCUUCUGCUUCAGAAACACAUCGUUCAGUCGGGGGUUCACAAAGAACAUGAAGCUUGAAGCCGUGAACCCCAGGAACCCGGGAGAGCUCUGCGUGGCCUCCGUCAUAGCUGUGAAGGGGAGGCUGAUGUGGCUUCACCUGGAAGGUACUCACAGUUCCUGAUCGUUCUGAAUUCGGGGUCCACCGGGAAUGGGCA